AUGGCUGAUGAAAAUAGGAUUUCAGUUAGUGAAGAAAGAGUUGAAAAAAGAAAAGUGGAUGAUUUUGCAGCUUUGUACAAUCUCGAUAGCAGCACUAGAAACUUAACGGAAACAACCGUACAAGAGGGAGCUUUUAAAAAGAUAAAACCAGAGCCUGGAAAUGGCGGGUCAAGUUCACUUUUAAGCGGAGGAUCUGGAAGUGGUAGUCACAACCCUAGUUCAUGCCCGACCCCCGCACGGAGGAGACAUCGGACAACAUUUACACAAGAACAACUACAAGAAUUAGAAUCCGCUUUUGCCAAAAGUCACUACCCAGAUAUAUACUGUCGGGAAGAACUAGCUAGGAUUACCAAAUUAAAUGAAGCCAGGAUACAGGUUUGGUUUCAAAAUAGAAGAGCAAAAUACAGGAAACAUGAAAAACAACUCGCCAAGUCUCUGUCCCCAGUAAUGAACCCUGCCUGCAACGGAAUGAUGAGAAACUUGUAUCCUACCACAUCUCGACCAUAUGCUGCGUACUCACCGCAUACCAACAUGAAUUCUAUGGCAAGAUAUCCACAGAUGAACUCAUCAUAUCCAUCAAUGGCUCAGUUUUCAGGGAUGUCCAGUAUGGCCACUUCUAACAUGGCCAGUAUGCCAAGACAAGUUCAACAAUUCCCAAUGUCUUCAGACUACAGUUUGGACAACCACGAAGAUGAUUGGUAUAACAAAAGUUUGACAGCACUGCGCAUGAACAACAGUCACCACUUAUCUAAUCCUGUACUACAGUACCAAGCAUGACUAGAAUCAGAGUCAGGAAAAAUGGACCAUUAAGGGCAACCAUUGCUUCAUCAUCAUUAAAAGUGCUGACAUUUUAACUAUGGAAUGUACAUCAUUAUCGUCUAGUCUGAAAGAUUUCUCUUGUAGAUUCAUCAAUAUUUGUUGGAUAUUAAAAUCGAUUUGGAAAAUCCUGCAACAGAAACUAAAUUUGGUGGUAUCUAUAUAGCCUUGGAUCAUGUUCUGCUUUGCAUUCAGCUGCCGAGAUGUGAACCCUGGUCCAGAGCUAACACAUAUGAACCUGUUUUGUCAUAUUUUGACUUGCAAAUGCAAGAACAUUUAUCAUGUUUGCAUUAAACUACAUAGAAAACCAAUAAAUUCCAAAUAGAACACGAACUAGACAGUGUUACCACUCUCUUUACAUUGAUUUUGAUUAAAUUAUAUGUUGCAGCAUUUUCCAAAUUGAUUUUGAUUUUUCGUGGAUUUUUGUGUUGAUGCAAACUAAAGAUUUUAAGCUUAAAGAAGUGAAAUUUCAGUUGCUUUUUGAAAGCAACUUCGGAAAAAAACGAAAUUACUGACAAAAUCACGCGGGAAUUGAUAUUCACAGAAUACGAUACUUGAACAUUUAGAGAGGAAGUUUCUACUUGUUAUUUAUAAAUGAACACCAUCUUGCCAUAUGACGCUGGUGAAACUGGCUCUGUGCCAUAGUAACGGAUUUUGUAUAUAUAAAUUAUUGUAAAUAUUAAUAUUUAUA